UUCUUGGAAUUUUAAUAUCAAGAAAUAAUCAUGUUGAAGCACAUGAACAUCAUUCAAAUUCAACUUCUGGAAUAUCAUCAGAUCCCAUCGAUGGAAUCCUUUGGACUCACAUUGUUGUUAUGUUUACGGCCUUCGCAAUACUGUUUCCAACUGGGAUGGUAUUAGGUUUUAGCAAAUCUCGAUGGCAUGUACCUAUACAGAUAUUUGGUACAAUUUUAGCAACCAUUGGUUAUUUUCUUGGUCAUGCUCACGGUGGUCGAGAAUUUUCUGAAAAUAUACAUAGUUCAUUUGCUACAUACGUCGUGUUUUUUCUAAUGAGCCAAAUUGGCAUUGGAGUGUAUUUAAGAUUACAUUGGGAAAGAGGACCAAACAGAUGGUUGAGACCAAUAUCUGUCAAAUUUCAUAGAGUCUUUGGUGUAUGUGUUCCAAUUAUUGGUUAUAUCCAAAUCGUUUUUGGUGUGAUUACUAUGAAUGGGUGGUGCAGAGCUGACGGCGAUCAUACCGGACAAUGUCUCGCCCAUACUAUCAUGCCAUGGAGUCAUAAAGAUUACCAGCAUACUGUAUUAGGAAUUGUGUGGUGGGUAGGUGGAUUGGUAGGAAUAUAUUUAACAAGAAAAGGACAACGAAGUGUUAUUCCCGCUUUGAUAAUCUUGUUUACUGGUUAUGUUAUGAGUUCUCAUGCACAAUCCUCAGAGAUUUCUAGAAGUGUUCACAAGAAUUUCGGUUUUGCUUUAAUUAGUGCUUCAAUUGCAAGAAUUAUCGAAGUUUCUUUUCUAAAAGAUAAAGUGAUAACACCUUUUCAUCAUUUAUGCCCUUACUUAUUAAUUUUAUCAGGUUUAUUGUUCAUGGGCGCUAAUGAAGAACAAAUUGACGUUCUUGAAGACAAUAAUUUUGAUGCGUAUUCAUAUGGAUUGGUCCAUGCAUCUAUAGCAUUCUUAAUAUUCCUUUAUGUUCAUUUACAAAUUGAUUUAUAUUGGAGAUCGGGUGAGAAUGAUGGAGAACCAGAAUAUAUUGAGGAUUCAAGAAAUAUCUCUCACAUUCCAUUAUCAAUGAGUGAUCCUAUGACUAGUAGUACUAUUAGUCAUGAUGAUGAUGACAUGAUUCAAAAUAAAAGAGGAAACAAUUUAAUGGUGGUGGAUGUAAAUGAUAAUUCAGGAAAUGAAGAUCAUGUGGCUUUGUUGAAUAAUGAAUCUAUAUAUCAUGUAUUUACAGGACAAUAUUUAGAUACAAUUCAAUCAAUUUUUAAUAAACCUAUAAGAAAAUCACAUAAUCUUGGAACUCAAGUGCAACUAAAAAAUGUCUUUAACUUGCCCCUUAUUCAAUAUGAUUUUUCAACAGUGAAAGAAACAUCAGAAGAAAAACAAAUAAGAGAGAAACGUAGAAAAUCAAUCAAAAAUGGUUUUCUUCAUAGUUGGCGUGGGUACACUAAGUACGCGUGGGGAUCUGAUGAAUUAUUACCUAUUAGUAAUGGUAAUGCGAAUAAAUUUAAUGGAUGGGGUGCAACAAUAGUCGAUUCUCUGGACACUAUGUGGAUAAUGGGUUUAAGAAAUGAAUUCGCUGAAGCCCGAGAGUUUGUAAGCAAAGUGAAUUUUUCAAGGAGUGAAGAAGUAGUCAAUGUAUUUGAAACAACAAUAAGAUAUUUAGGUGGAUUACUGAGCGCGUACGAAUUAUCGAAGGAUACCAUGUUUUUAUCGAAAGCAAAUGAUUUGGGACUUGCUUUAUUGACCGCAUUUAAUAGUACUACUGGAUUACCUUAUAAUUAUUUAUCACUCUCAGAUGAAUUUAAAGUUGUCAAAUUACCUUGGAUUAAUGGUUGUUUGUUGGCACAAGUUGGAUCUUUAUAUUUAGAAUUUUCAAAAUUAGCAGAAUUAACUGGAAAUAGUGAAUUUUUCUUUAAGGUUAAUAAUAUUACCAAAGUUCUGAAAAAUUCUAAACCAGAAAUUCCGGGAUUAUAUCCAAUUAACAUUGAUCAAGAUUCUGGAGAAUUUUGGGCUGACGUAGUAACAUUUGGAGCUAAUGGAGAUAGUUUUUAUGAGUAUUUGAUUAAAGAAUAUAUAUUAGUGGGAGGCGCCCUCAAAGAUUAUCGAAAAAUGUAUAUUGAAUCAAUUAAUGGCAUGCAUAGACAUCUCAUCAAACAUAAUGUCGUAAAAUCUCGACCAGAUUUAAUGUUUUUAGGAGAAUUAACAUAUGAAGAAUUUUAUCCUAGAAUGGAUCAUUUGUCUUGCUUUGUCCCAGGUAUGUUGGCAAUUGGUUCAAAAGUUCUAAACCGUCCAAGAGAUUUUGAUGUAGCGAUAGGAUUAGCAGAAACAUGUUAUUGGUCAUAUAAAAAUACGAGAACCGGAAUUGGGCCAGAAGUUUUCUGUUUAUUUAUACUAUAUAGAAUAACAGGAAACAAGGAAUAUCAAGAAAAAGGUUGGGAAAUAUGGCAGUCUAUCGAGAAAUAUUGUAAAACAGAAACUGCUUAUUCGGGAUUAUCAGAUGUGAAUGAAUUAACAGAAACUUUAAAAUACUUAUAUUUAUUAUUUAGUCCACCAGACUUGAUAUCACUGGAUACCUAUGUCUUUAAUACUGAAGCACAUCCAUUUUUAAGAAUGAUUAAUUGA